AUGGAACUGCUUCGAAUGUUCCAGAAGGUUUUGAGAUCCGCCUUCUCUGCGGUCACCGUCUCCACAGUUACUAUUCUUGGCUGCAUUAUUCUAAUCCCCUUGGCUUACCAGAAUGUUCAGAAACUGCACAGUAACCUUCUAAAUGAAGCUCAUUUCUGCAAGAGUCGAAAUCGCGACCUUUGGGGUGAGGUUGUGACGGUUUCACUUGGCAAAGGUCAGGUUGAAACUGCUGAGCGUAUCAAGCGACAGAGCCAGGACUUACCGUCUGGAAGAUGGCUUUUCGGACAUUUCAUUACUACCAAUCCAAGCCGUGAACGUCGACAAGGAAAAUAUCAAGAUGGCGCUGGAGGUGGUGGAGUUGGUGGUGGUGUUGGUGGCGCUGGCGCUGGAGGUGGCGCUGGUGGGGGUGGUGUUGGUGGCGCUGUUGGGGGUGGAGUCAGUGGUGCUGGU